CCAACCCCCUGUGAUGCCAACCACUCCAUGGCUGGGCUGGACGGCGUGUCUGUCGAGGCGGUAUAAUCUAAAACCAAACCGGGCUAUUAUUAUGGAGCAGACGGGGUGUUGACGGAGAUGCGACGGUGCAUGAUAAAGGUUAUCAUUUCUUUUUCCUUCACAAGAUCAUCCCAUCAUGUGUGUCGUUUUGAUUUCUGAAGACAGUUGGUCUGCAACGGCGGGAUGAAGCAUGAUCGGCGAUAAACGCGCAGGGGAACACGAAGAGAGAAAUCUGAGUCAACAUAAUCCAUCUGGACAUCGGGGGGGAAGAUGAGGACCAUGAUGGCUUCGAUGAAAACAGCAUUAUUCGUUUUUCUACAAUGGGUGCUCCAGUACGCCAUGUGUCGCGACAUAACCCUUCCCAUCGGGACCCUCUACCGUGUUGCAGGGUUCCCCCUCUCCCUGCCCUGUGCUGUAUCAGGGUACGAAGGCCCACGCACGCAGCACUUUGAGUGGUUCCUGUACAGAGAUGAUGCUGCUGGGAGGCAGAUAGGAGUGGUGUCCACCAGGGACAAGGGCUUCCCUUAUGCCCCGUUCCAGCCCCGGGUGAGGAACGGGGAGGUGAGGGUGGAGAGGGACUCAGGAGACAAGGUCCGGCUGGUGAUCCAGAGGCUCCGGGCUGAAGACCAGGGGAUGUAUGAGUGCUACACGCCCAGCACGGACAGCACCUACCAGGGAAACUACAGCGGGAAAGUGACUGUAAAAGUGAUCCCUGACACACUCCAAAUCAGCUAUACCCGCUCCCUCACCAGCCAGCCCGUGCCAGAGGGAGCCGAAUUAACGCUGACAUGCUCUGCCGGCAUCCAAUCGGAGCAGCUCACCCAUCUGUCCAUCACGUUUGGGAAGCGUAGUGGCGGAGAGGGUAUGGGGAGCGGAGUGGGAGGGGAGGUCAGCACCGUUAGAGAGAUUAUCUCCAUUGACAAGCUGCUGGGGGUCGUCCCCGGACAUUUGUACAAGAAGCGGUACGAUAGCGGCGAGAUCACGCUGGAAAAGAGGAACGGGGAGGCCGGACAGGAUGUGUACGUGAUGAAAAUGAAAGCAGUGCAGCCAGACGACUCAGGCUCGUAUUUCUGUGAGGCUGCGCAGUGGAUUCUGGACCCUGAUCGAUCAUGGCAGAAGAUUGCACAGAGGACGCUGGAUAUUGGCAACUUGACUGUUCAACAACUAGCAGAGUCUCUGAGUAUUACAUCCUCACCCAGAGGGGAGGUGACCCUGCAGGUCGGUUCCCCUCUCAUCCUGACCUGUGAGGUGUUGGGGCUGCCAUCUGAAGUGAGCUCCGGCCUUCUGGUUCAGUGGAUGAAGAGGGGAUCAGUAAGCAGUGAUGUCGCUGGGAGCGGAGGAGUCGAGGUGGAGGUGGCCCGGUUGAGCCCAAACGGCAUUGUGAGCUGGGGGGACGACCUCAGCCGAGCCAGCGGCGGCUCUCUAGAGAAAGUGGCGGAGGGGAAGUACUCUCUGAAGCUGUUCUCAGCCCGGCCCUUAGACUCAGGGGUGUAUCGGUGUGUGGUGAGUGUGUACGCUGGAAGAAGUAACCCUGGCCCUUCAACUCCUGCAACAAUCACCCAGAGGUCAGAGGGAGUCACCGUGAACCUCAAGAGCAAAGAUGUGCUCGUUGCAGCUGUGGCUCAGCUCCCCCGGGGCCCUCUGUUAAAAAGAGGCAGCACCAUCACACUGAUCUGCAACGCCACCGUGACAACCACAGGUCCCGCCCAGGCCCAGGUGCAGUGGCUGCGGUGGCCAAUCCCUGAACGAGUUAUCAAGAAGGAUGAGAGCCCAGCAUCUGAUGUUGCUGUGACAGUUCCCCCUGUGGAGGAGAAGCCCACACUGGUAGCCGUCCUCAUGUACAAUGGUGUCGCAAAGACCUACACCAACGGAAGUGAGAUAAGCAUCGACCGCCUGUCAGCUGGCAGCUACAGACUGAGGGUUCACUCGGCUACAAUGGAUGAUCAGGGCAUGUAUGCCUGUCAUGCCCAGGCGUGGGGUCAGGACCCGCAUGGAGGCUGGUACAACACGGGGGCCAAAGCGGAGUCAAACACGGUGACAGUUUACCUCUACGCCAGAGCUGCUGACCUCCUCCUCAUCCCUUUGGUUGUUGGAGUCUCCUCCGCCUUGUUUGUGGGCAUUGUCAUCAUCGCAACAGUAACCUGUUGCUUCAUGAAGCGACUGGCAAGGCAGCGGGCUCAAAAAUAGGUGUCCACUCUCGACACAUGUCUGAAAUCUGAAUAUUCAUAAAGAGGCCCAAAUGAGGUGAUGCACAGAACACGAUGGAUGAGAAAUAACCUUUAGAUGAAAAUUAAGUGAAAAGUGACUGCCACCCUGUUAGAUGAUUUUCCGUGUUUUUGACCUACCUGUUUAACAAUCAAUGCCAAAAUUUUCUGUUUUAUAUUCUCUUGUAUUUUUUAUAUCCAGACCCUCUCUGAACAUAUUUUAGUGAUUGCUGCAGUACGCACCAGUAGGCGUAAUAAUCUUAAUUUUUAAAGCCACCAUCUAAUGACCCCUCUCCACUUCUCAGGUGGGCCAGGACUCACAAUUUUUUGGAGUCUUGUUUCCAUGUUAGCUAAACCCACCUUUUUAGCAAUCCUUUUGCCCCAGCUUAUUCUGUUUCAAAUGCAAAUGGGUAAAAAAUGCAUAAGAUACGCAAUAUUUUUGUGACAAGGUGAAAAGUAAAGAAGGUACUGCAGGUUUGUUUUGAGUCUCUCAGAUGUGAGCUGCUGUAUUGUUUCUACAGAGAAAGCCAAGAUCAUCUCCCCCUCAGAAAUCAUAGUUUGUUACGAGUAUGAAGGUACUAAAUGGUUCUCAGCCUGUCGGAUGUUUUGUAUGAUGCUGGAUGUGGAUCAUCCUCCAUUUAGAAAUGGCUCUAUUUUCACACAAAGAGUAUUCAGUGUUUUCACAAAUCGUUGAUACUGUUCCAGCUGUUGCUUCCCUCAAACUGCAUGUUUUUCUUUUUGUUCCAAAAACACGUCUAAAUGUCUGUGCAUGGUUAAGCCUCUAACACUGCCACACUGACAGUCACAUGAAUGCUGAUGGGAGCAGUUCAGCCUCCAGAAACUCAAUACGAGCAGGGACCUUCCACCGCCUGCAGCCCAGCUCCGCUCUGCAUGUAAACAAAGUCUCUGUCUGUUACUUAAUAAGGAAGACGGCUGGCUGGGGGCUUUCUGAUGCCAAGACCAAUUGUGUACCGUUUCUUAAAUACAAGCAUUCCUAGCCUGUGAUGCUUUUGCGCUGAAGUGAGUUUUCUAUACGGACUUGUAUAGAUUUGACAAAACAGAAAUGGAAGAAAUAUCCAUUAUGCACUGAGCUAAAAAUAUGUAAAUAUUGUACGGAGUUUAGCUGUUUUAUUUUUAUUAAUGUGAGUGAGACUAUGCUGUCUUUGGCAAAGCACCUGUGUUUAACAUUCUGCAGCAGUCUGUUCUGCUCUUUUGAAGCACUUGGACACAAAUGGGACUGGGACCAAAGCCCCUCUGUAUCCUUCUGUUACUUGAUUUUCUUCCAGCUGAAAAGUCACUUCUUUGCUGUACUUGAGUGAAUACUAUUGAGUGUUUUUUGUUUCUUUUCUGUGUGAUUAAUGCCUCCAUCGCUCUUGUGACUGAGACAGAAAAACAGUACUGUGAAAAAGAAUCCACUAUUUGUUACACAGUAACACAAAAACCACUGUUCACACUGUUUAGGUUACUUGUCCCCGAGGUGAAAAUCACAGAAGCAGCGCGGUCAUAUGACCUGAUAGUUAAGUGAAGUCUCACUAUCGCCGUCGUCAUCAUGUGGUUCAGGCCACAUAUUUUUGCAGCCAAGGCUUAUUAUGAAUAUAGCCCCUGCUGCUAGCCCGCAGCAAUCUGUUGGACAGAUUGACUGUGCCUGCGCACUUAUAAUGGGUGAAAUCCAUCCUCUUCUUCCUGUCCAAAGUAUCACUUAAGAAAAGUGGUCAUGCGAGCGUGCCCGCAUUGUGUGAUCACUUUAAGUUAGAUACAUGUUCAUGGAAAGGAGGAAAAACGUAAAAUCUCUUGUUAUCCAGCUCGUGGCUCUCAUGAAUUUAUUUCAGGUCAUUUUUUCCUGCUUGUCUAAAUUUGUUUGCACUGAGCUAUACUUUACAGUCUCAGUCUGUCUUUACCGUCUGUCUGUCUGGUGGGUUUUCUGAUGUGAGAGUCACUCUAAAUCUGCCUGUCCUCCCUAACCUGUGCGCUCUAAACCCCCCGAUUAUAAAUGUCGUUCAUGAACAUUAGCGAAUAAAAUCACAGCUCUGCUUGCUUCCCGAGCCACUUUGUUCCAGAUCAACUACUCAAAGCUGAUUUGUUCCCCCACAUACCCACCCACCACAUGAUUACAUACUUGCACACAUACACAGACAGAUGCACGUGAACACACAGCAGCAGCCGCGGCAGCAGCAGCACAGUGCUGGCUGGCUGGUAUUCCAGAUGAAAAUAAGUGAGUAUCUGCGUGUUCAUCUCUAAUCCCUGUUUAUGGCUGCAGUUUGUGUCCUGCUGCCCUCCCCCCUCCCGCUCUCAGUAUGUUACAGAUUCAGUGUGGCUCGCAUUCGAUUCAUUUCAAUCUCUGUGCCCUGAGAAAUACAGCCAGCUGUAUAAAGUGUAGCACAUAGCGUGCAAUGUGUAAAAGCUGCUGUCUUAAAGGGACAGUUCACCCCCAAAAUCAAAAAUACAUAUCUUUCCUUUUUCCUGUAGCACUAUUUAUCAAUCUAGAUUGUUAAGG